AUGUCAACGUUAACCAGCACAGAUAUGGGCGAGCUCAAGCGUCCUACCACGCGUGUGCAUGCUCCCCCUGGAGGUGGCACCAGCUGGAGCUUUGGCGACGAUUCAGCUCCCGUCUCCACAGGUCGUAAGCGCUUUAACCAGCCGCAAGCUCAAACACAGCAAGACACCAAAAUGGAGUCGCCUCGCGCAGCACCGGUUCCUGCAGCAGUCCAAAUGUCAGCUCAAAAGUCUCUUCACGAAGCUACGGGAGAAAUUCGUAUAGCGCUUGUUAAGACAAGUAGUGACGCGGAGCUAGUGGAUCGUAUCGUGCAAAACUGCUUCGAGAAAUUGGAGAGCCAGUGCGUAAGCUCUGAGACCUUCACUGUCCCUACAGUAGAGCAGUUGCCUUACGCCGCGAACAAACUCACGGAGUUUGGUGGUUUCAAUGGUGCAAUUUGUUUUGGCUUUUUGAACACGCAAGACAUCCAAUUCCCAGCCUUAAGCGCGGCAUUAACGCAGAGCUUGAUUGACAUCAGUGUCAAGAAUGCAUGUCCUAUAGUGCGUGCUGUGUUUGUUGGAGAAUCGCGUGUGGCUUCAGUUAAGGUAAAAGGAGGAUGGGGGACCGAGUUUGCAGACAUUGGAUCAUUGAUUCAGCUUGGUGUUCAAGAAAGCAAGUAA